AUGUCUGGCAUAUUGAAUUCUAAAAAGAGUCGAGGCUCAACGCGACCUCUUCUUGGUCCAGAUUUCUCAUCUUAUCACAGUCGUCAAAAGAACCAAAAGGCACGUCUCAUAGUUACUGCUUCAGCACUUGCAUUAUUUGGCACAACAUGUGUCUAUCUCGCUAGACAUUUGCCUGCUAUUCAGACAAUGGACAUUCACACACAAAGUCUCUGGCAAGACACAAACAGCGUCGUCUCACCUGGUAUUUCACUUACGUCGUUUGAACACGGUCUUUUGCAAUGUCAAUACAACUCGGAUCGAGCCAACGUCGUCACCAACACCACACGUACUCGACACCGUAACCCUCGACGUGCUCCUGACGCUGUGGAUACCUUGAUUAUCAACGGGCAUGUCUGGUUAGGUGACAAAUACCUUGCAAAAGGUCAGGUUUAUCUCAAAGACGGUUUAAUUGCUGCUGUGGGAACGGAUCUUAAAGUGUCCAAGCAUACACGCAUUGUGGACGCACAGGGUCGUGUUGUCACACCUGGUAUUAUCGAUAUGCACUCUCAUAUGACGCUUGAGUCUCUGAACGGACUCGAAGCCUCUAAUGAUGUGAAUGAGAUGACUUCACCUACAACCCCUUAUGUACGUGUUAUUGAUGCCAUCAGUCCAACAGAUCCAGGCCUCAAAAUUGUCGCUAGUGGAGGAAUUACAACCUCGCUAAUCCUUCCUGGUUCAGGCAACUCAAUGGGAGGUGAAGCGGCUGUUAUCAAGCUUCGUCCAGUGCCUACACUUUCAAACCAAGAUAUGCUCAUCAGCUCUGGUGUCUCAGAAGAGGAUCAAGAAAUUGUUUGGCGUUUCAUGAAAAUGGCAUGUGGUGAAAACCCCAAAGGAUAUUAUGGUGCCGAGUUGAACAAGAUGCCCAUGACACGUCUUGGUGAGGCUUACUUGUUUCGUCAAUGGUUUGAGAAUGCACAAAAAUUAAAGAGAAAGCAAGAUGAUUGGUGCGAUGCUGCUGGCCGUAUCCAAAAGACGUUCCCUAAAGAUGGUCCUGUAGAUGAAGCCAAGAUCACUCGUCUUUCUGAACCUUAUCCUGAAGAUCUUCAGCUGGAGAGCUUGGUUGCCUUGUUGCGUAAACAAGUCAAUUUGAAUGUACAUUGUUAUUUGCCUCAAGAUUUUGAAGCCAUGGUACAUCAUUCGCUUGAAUUUGAUUUUGACAUUGCUGCUUUUCAUCAUGCGCUUAGUGCUUGGCAAGUGCCUGACAUUAUUAAGCGCGCAAAGACAAAUAUUACCAUUGCUACCUUUGCUGAUAUGUGGGGAUACAAGGCUGAAGCAUGGGAUCAAAAUGUACAUGCUCCCAAAAUUCUGGAUGCAGCAGGUAUUCCAGUUGCUUUCAAGAGUGAUCAUCCAGUCAUGAACGCACGCGAUUUGUUACAUGAAGCUCAAAAAGCCUAUCACUAUGGUUUUGAUGAACACAAGGCUCUUCAAGCAGUCACUUCUGUACCUGCAGCCUCCAUGAAACUUGGUCAUCGUAUUGGAAGCAUUGAUGUAGGCAAAGAUGCUGACAUUGUUAUUUGGGAACGCCAUCCUUUACGUUUAGGUGCUCGUCCCAAGCAUGUCUUUAUUGAUGGCUCAGAACUUGACUUUCAGAAAUCAUGGACAAAGACAGUAACAGAACAAAGUCUUGUUGCUGAGCAAUGGGCGAUGGAAACACCCAUCGGGGAACUAGAAACAGAGCAAGAACGGCAUUACUUGCCUCCCUUUUCUUCAAAUACGAUGCGUCUUGAAGACCAUGGCCUUGAUAACCCCAAUUCUUUCCAUGAUGCUUGUGGCAGUGAUAUUCGUUCCUUUGUGUUACGCAAUAUCAGUGACAUCUAUAUGAAUGCAACUCGUAUAUUGCAUGCAAAUGAAAUUGGUCAGGGAUUGUACAUGAUUGUCAAUGAAGGUGAGAUUGUUUGUCUAGGUGCAGACUGCGAUAGAGACCAUAUUGAUUGGCCUGUAUCAAGCCCUGUGUUCAACAUGAAUGGGGCUGUUGUGAUUCCUGGUAUUGUGUCGAUGGGUGUUCCUCUUGGUCUGUCUGAAAUUCAAUCAGAAGCAACAACACAUGAUGGAAAUGCAAAGAAUGAUGUCUCUGAUGCUGAUCUUUACAAGCAUAUUGUACGUGCUGUUGAUGGCCUCAAAUUAAAUGGAUUGCAUCUCCAGAAAGCAUACAAGGCUGGUGUAACUACUUCUAUUUCCCAACCUAUGGGUUCCAGUUUAGUUGCUGGUGUGUCUGUUGCUUUCCGAACAGGUGUGGAAAAGACAGUGUUAGAUACAGUGGAUGCUUUAGUAAAAGAAGAGGCAGCUCUGAACUUUGUUAUCCAUCAUGGAGGAGAACCAAGUGUCUCUCAACAGAUAGCCACCAUCCGCGAUUUACUCGUCUCCAAUAUCAAAAAAGACCCUUCUCACCACGUAUUUGCCCGGGCUGCUCGUGGUCAAAUUCCCGUUGUGAUUCAGGUAGACGAUAAAGACGAGAUUGCUUCUAUUCUGAUGAUCAAGCAAGCCAUUCAAAAAGACUAUGGCUAUCAAGUCAGAUUUGUCAUUUUAGGUGGCUCUGAAUCUCACUUGGUCGCUGAUCAUUUGAGUCGCUUAGAUGUGCCUGUUGUUCUUAUGCCUGCUCGUUGUUAUCCUCUCACAUGGCAAUCUCGAUCCUGUUUGACAGGUCCACCUAUCACACCCUACACAGUGCUUGAUGUCUUGUUGAAGCAUGGUGUACGUGUAGGUCUUGGCAGCACAGAUGUAGACAACGGUGAUGCACGUAACUUGAUCUGGGAAGCAGGCUGGAACUUGGCUCAUAAUCCUCACUUUAGUGCUCAAGAAGCUGUUGGCUUGGUAACCUGGAAUUUGGCCGAGAUCUUUGGAUUGGAGACAGGUGUUUUGAAGCAUAGUGGAAAGUCUGAUUUCGUUGCUUAUAAUAGCAAUCCAUUUGAAUUUGGUGCUCAAGUAUUGAUGGUCCAUGGUGGUGCACACCCAGGUCCUACUUGUUUCCCUCAACAGGUUUAA